UAGUAAACAACAUUACAUUGAUCAUUCAAUUCAAUCGUCAGGAAACAUAGCCAUUCUCGUGCGGCAAUCCGCUAACAUUGUUGCUGCAAAUUUCUUCAAACAAUUUCAUCCUUGGUCUCUUGAACCAACGAGUCAAAUUGUUCCUGCUGCCUAGAAUUCAGAUCAAAAUGUUGUCGACCGCUCGAAUGCUGUGUCGUGGUUUGAGCCGACCUGCGAGUCUAAAUGCUAAACUUACGGUCAUCCACUUUGCUGCUCCAACCAGGACAGUGGCCAACGAUGCCAAGACAAACUUAGCCUCCAGACUGACGAGGAGAGGGCCGACCCUUAAGGAAAGGGCCAUGGCUCCUGCCAAAGAUUCUGCUUUCAAUCUGGGCCGAAUGGCUGUUGCUGGUGGAAGCGUCGUUGGCGUGGGGGCUCUCUGUUUUUAUGGACUCGGCCUGUCCAGCCAACCUGGAGCCAUUGACAGAGCAGCUUUUUGGCCCGAUUACGUCAAGCAGAGAGUGCACCACACAUACAUGUACUUUGCAGGCAGCACUGCCAUCGCAGUCGCCUCGGCCGCGGCGGUCAUGAGGUCUCCAAAGGCGAUGUCCCUAGUGGCCAGAGGAAGCAUUCCUGCCAUGCUGUGCUCAGUGGCUGCAAUGAUUGGAACUCAAAUGCUGGUGAGAUCCAUCCCAUAUGAACCUGGCGUCAACAUGAAGCACCUUGCCUGGGCCCUGCACGCUGGGGUUUUGGGAGCCGUGUUCGCGCCCUUGUCCUUCCUUGGUGGCGCCAUUCUCACCCGAGCUGCUUGGUAUACUGCUGGCGUUGUGGGAGGUCUUUCGACUGUAGCUAUGUGUGCACCAAGUGACAAAUUCCUGAAUAUGGGUGGACCUUUGGCUGCCGGUCUAGGAGUAGUGUUCGCCGCCUCAGUCGGCACGUGGUUCCUUCCCCCUUCGACUGCUCUUGGAGCAGGUCUUUACUCGAUCAGCGUUUAUGGAGGCCUCUUGCUCAUCUCAGCCUUCCUACUCUACGACACGCAGAAAGUCGUCCGCAGCGCUGAGAAUCAUCCGCAUCCUUCCUUCGCCGCAACUCCCUUCGACCCAAUCAAUCAAUCUAUCCACAUUUUCAUCGAUACUGCCAACAUUUUCGUCAGGAUUGCAAUGAUUCUUGCUGGUAACCCUAACAGGAGGAAAUAAAUCAACUCCAGAAGAAAUUACCUCAUUUACGAAUGGUCUGUUAAUUAUUAGUUAAGGUUUAACGCUUAAAUCGUUGUAUAAUGUAACUCAAAUAGUAUGCUCAGGUGAUAAGCGGCUGACUGUAACUUUCCAAAAAUAAAUUUGAUUUUCCACAGAAAA